CACCCUCAGCUCAGAAUUAGCUUCUUCAUUUCCUUUUAAAUUUCAAGAGCUAAUUCGUUCCCCUCUUCAAACUAUGGCUUCCAAAGCUACGGCCUCUCUCGCCUUUCUCCUCUCUCUCAAUCUCCUCCUCUCGCUCGUCACUGCCUGCAACGACUGCUACGCUCCGUCCCACCCCCACCCCACGCCUUCACCCGAGCAAGGAAAGAAAUGCCCCAAAAAUACUCUUAAACUCGGCGUCUGUGCCAAAUUGCUCGGUGGUCUUGUCAAUGUUUCCAUUGGCCACCCGCCGGUGACUCCGUGCUGCAGUCUGAUCAAUGGCCUCGCGGAUCUUGAAGCUGCUGUUUGCCUUUGCACUGCCAUUAAAGCCAAUGUUUUGGGCAACAACCUCAACAUACCCCUCUCCCUCAGCCUGCUCCUCAAUGCCUGCAACAAGAAUCUUCCAAACGGCUUCCAGUGCUAAUUUAGUAUCUUUGAUGGAAUAAUUAAAUAAUGUUUAAUUAAUAAUGUCUGUAGUUUUGUCUGUUCUGGAAUUGUAACGCUCAAUUCUAGCUUUUCUUGUUUGUUUGUGGGUUUCUUUUAGGUUCUUUACUUUUUCGGUUUAAGGUUCAACAAUAAGUUUGCCUUAUGGGUGAAUUUGAUUAGAGAUUGUAGUCUUACUUAUUAGAAAUGAAAGGUCUUUCAUUUCCUAUCUUA